AGUAGCUUGAUUAGGGGGAGGCAUAGCAGAGGCUUGUCCUGGGGCUGGUGCGCGUGCGCGUGUCGCGCUGCGAUUGUGUGGGGCGGGGGUUGGGGUUUGGCCGUGCCGCACGCACGUUAGAGAACUCCCGGACAACAUGGCACGACACUAUUCCAUCGUCUGCGGGAUGCAGAUUGCCCGCUUGGAUCUCAAGGCCAGCUUGUACCUGGCGGCUGUCCUUGUGCAACUGGGCGUUCUUCUGGGCUCGCUCAUAUACUCGGCCGCGCAGAAGCACUUGCCUCUUCGCCGUGAAGUGGACAAGGAUAUGCUGGCCUAUGAAAUUGCGACGGCGUGGACCGUCUUUUGCGUCAUGUUCCUGGUUUGCGACGGCCUCUUUCUGGAGAAGAGGCUGGCCAUCUACAUGUUUGCCGGUAGCUCCAUCCUCAUGGGCGCCUACCUCCUCUAUGAUUAUUUUGAGGGCACGGGUGGAGUGACCCAACGCCUCUUUCGCCUCAUCCUUGGCUGCUUGGCUCAGCCCCUGAACGUCGUGGGCGGCCUCGUCGUCGCCGCCAACAUGCAAUGGCUCGAGUUUCACAUUGUUGGCGGUGACGAAGUUCAACUUCGCGCGUACCGCCUCCUCCUCGAUUUCGACUGCUGGAUCAAGGUGGACUUUCUUGUGGCCGUCUCCCUCGUCAUUCUGGCUGCCUUCCCGGGCCUGCUUUCUGACCUUCAGAUUGGCUUGUGCGUGGCCGGCCUCAUCAUUUCCCUGCUCUGGCUCAUUGUCGCCUUUGUCUUCACGCGCUUUGAGAGCCGUGUCUGGGGUUACAUCUUUUUUCUUUGGGUGCCCAUCGAGCCCAUGUUUGUCGUGUACAAGUUUGUCGACUUUGCCCGGGAUGAUACCCACAGCGACUUGACAUUUUACCCCAUCCUGAUCCUCGGGGUGGCCGCUAUCCUCAUCCGCAUCCUCGUCAUCGUCUAUGCCAUUCUCAUCUGGCGUCGCUUCGGAUCGGGCUUGCGGAGCGCCCUCACCGCCUACCGCCAUGAGGCCGAUAAAGCGCCCUUGGUCACAAAUCAAGCCCAACAGACCACACCAAACUAUACGACUUUUAAUGCCCCUGCCGCAGCACCGCAGACGGAGGCCAAUGCGGCCCUCCUCACUGCACCAGCCGUCGAGGACCGCUGGGGUAGUCUAUCCUACUCGACCAACGAUAAACCGCUCGUGUAUGACGACGACGACGAUGAAGAUUGAGGCACGUCCACAGCUGUACGAGCCGUGUCAUCACGCAAACCCCCGUAGAUCCUGCCCAGGCCUCUUCUGAUGUCUGCUUGCCUUGAGUUUAUUUCUUCUUUUUAUUUCUUUCUUUUUCUUGUUUUUUUUUUUUUUUCUUUCUGGGUCCACUCCCGCGUCUUGCCCGCUUUCCUCGUCUACAUCUGCCCGCGGUAGUCGCUGCUUGUUUCAUAUUGAAUGAUGUCUAUCGACGGGAUGUUAAUUUUUGCCCGCAGCAGAAUGCCGGGGUUGUGUGUGUGCCGUCCAUGGGGCGCGAGUCGCCACAACAAACGAUU